GUGCCAUGGGCCUGUGAGUGGGGAACACCCCCCAUCUUCUCCUGGAUAUCAGCUGCCCUCACCUCCCUGGGCCCCAGGACCACCCUCUCCUCAGUGCUCACUCUCAUACCUUGGCCCCGGGCCAUGGCACCAACCUCCCCUGCCACAUGACCUUCCCUGCAGCUGGUGUGACUGUGGACAGAACAGUCCAGCUCAACCUGUCCUGGAAUCGAGGAACCAGGGCUCCUUCAGGAGUGGUGCAGGGAGCAAACUGGGGAGGUGGAGUCACUGUCCUGCUUGCGCUUGGUCUCUGCCUCAUCUUCUUCAUAGUGAAGACCCAAAAGAAGAAAGAAGCCAGGACAGCAGGGGCCAGGAACACCAUCUAUCCUGACAUCGGGCCAAUCUCCCAGGGUCCCCAGCAGGAGCUCAAGUCACACAGCCCCACUGAACCCUCACGCUCUCCAGGGACAGAACCGACCUUAGGAAUGGAUCAGGAUCUGCAUUAUGCCUGUCUCAGCUUUCAUGGGAAGACACCCCAGGAGGACACCUCCAGCCAAUACUCAGAGAUCCAGACCCAUUGAGGAGCCACAGACACAUGGGUGUUGGUCAGAGACUCAUGUCCUCUACCAGCCCCAAAGGCUGACACUCAGAGACUUAGCAUCCCCAAGGGAAUGGGUUAUGAACUACUGCGUGUGAGUUUCCUGCUGUGUUGAGAUUUUUCUCAGAUUUUGCAAGCAGAGACCUGGGAGCAAAUCUGUGUUCUCAUUUAUAAGAUCAUGACAUCAGGACAGUCACGUUCUCCUCCCUGUCUGGGGUUUCUGCUCUGUGAAAUGGAGGUAAAAAUCCUAGUUGUCAGGUGCUCUAAGGAUUAAAUACAGGUUCAGAUAGAAAGACAUCCAGCAGCAGUCCAGGUUUGUGGGGAGAAUUUGGGUCACACAGUGUCCCUUAAACCUCUGCUCCAGGGUUCAGUGUGUCAGUCCCAGAAACUGUGUCAGCAGUCUUCCUGCCUCAUUCCCUGCUUGAAAUCCUGCAAUGGCUCCCUCCCUUGAUUGAAUUCUCCUUCAGCAUUCUCCCACUCCCACUCCUGAAUCCUCCCUUCUUUCCAUCCCUUCUCCUAC